GCGGGGCCGCCCCGCAGAGCCGGCGCAGCGGCGCCCGGGACGGGUCGGGGCUGGUGCCGGUUCCGCCGCCGGGUCUGUACCAGGAUGCGGCUGCGCUCGGGGGUGUUCGCCUCCUCCUGCCUCCUCGUGCAGGCCCUGGGUGUCGCGCUGUUCCUUCGCGGCUUCUUCCCGGUGCCCGUCAGGUCUCUGCCCCGCAGAGAGGCCCGUGCGGACUCUCCCGCCGAGCCGGCCCCGCCCGGCCCAGGAAUGGUUUCUAACUGGACCAAGAUUCCUGCACCGCUUUUCAAUAAAGUUGUCAUUGUUCUGAUAGAUGCUUUGAGAGAUGACUUUGUGUUUGGAUCCAAAGGGAAACAGUUCAUGCCAUAUACUACACAAGUUGUUGAAAAAGGGACUUCCUACAGCUUCAUUGCUGAAGCAAAGCCACCUACUGUGACUAUGCCUAGAAUUAAGGCUUUGAUGACAGGUAGCAUACCUGGUUUCAUUGAUGUUGUUGUGAACCUCAAUUCUCCAGCUCUGUUAGAUGACAAUCUGAUAUGGCAGGCAAAAGCAGCUGGGAAGAGAAUAAUCUUUUAUGGUGAUGAUACAUGGGUUAAAUUGUUCCCAAAGCACUUCAUGGAAUAUGAUGGAACUACAUCGUUUUUUGUGUCAGACUUUACAGAGGUUGAUGACAAUGUUACCAGGCAUUUGGAUAGAGUGUUAAAGAGAGAAGACUGGGAUAUCCUAAUACUACAUUACCUGGGAUUGGACCAUAUUGGACAUAUUAGUGGGCCAAACAGCCCAUUAGUGGGACCAAAACUUCGUGAAAUGGAUAACAUACUGAAGAAGAUUCAUAUUUCUCUUCUUUCAAAGGAAGAAGCUUCUUUACCCAAUUUGCUAGUUGUGUGUGGGGAUCACGGGAUGUCUGAAACGGGUAGUCAUGGUGGUUCUUCAGAAGGAGAAGUGCACACACCUCUUCUGUUUAUCAGCUCUGCUUUUGAAAAGAGAAGUGGUCCUCUAACCCAGCCUGAACGUGUGCAACAAACAGAUUUAGCCAGCACACUGGCAGUAGGUCUUGGUCUGCCAAUUUCAAGAAAUAGUGUUGGGAACCUUAUACUGCCAGUUGUUGGAGGCAAGACAAUGAGAGAACAACUACGUUUUGUGCACUUGAAUGGGUUCCAGCUUAGCAGGUUGCUGCAAGAGAAUACACCUGCAUAUGAAAAAGAUCCUGGAUAUGAACAUUUUAAGAUAGCAGAAAAAUCCCAUGGUAAUUGGAUCAAACUGUAUUUAGAGGGGAAUAAUUCAGAAAUACUCUUAAAUCUUGGCAAAAAGGUCCUGAAGCAAUACUUGGAGGCCCUCAAGACUCUGAGUUCUUCACUAAGCAAACAAGUGGCACAGUAUGACAUGUAUUCGAUGAUGGUGGGGACUGUGAUCAUUAUGGAGGUUCUGCUGCUGCUUUUGCUCAGUGUUCCAAAAGCCCUGAGCAAGCGGGCAGAAUUUGAAGUGCCCCUCUCCCCUCCACUAUUCUCUCUGCUGUUUUAUUUGAUGUGUCUGAUGCUGUGUGCAGUUCAUGUCAUUGUAUGCACGUCAGCAGAAAGUUUGUGCUAUUUCUGCAGUAUGUCCUGGCUAACAGCAGUUGGAGUGAUGAUGCUGAUUUCUGCACUCAUGUGUGGUAUUUUAUCUGCUAUUGCAAAGAUCUUUGAGAAUUCCCGACUUCCACUGAAGAAUCCAGCUGUGUCCAGUUCUAGUUGGUCAGAAAUAGAUGUGCUGAUUCUGGCUGGAACGAUUGGCCAUGUUUUGAGUUUGGGGGCAAGCAGUUUCAUAGAAGAGGAACAUCAAACUUGGUAUUUUCUUAUCAAUACACUUUGUUUGGUGCUGUGUCAGGAGCUUUGUAGAAAUAAUUUUCUUCUAAAGGAAUGUGACCCUCAACAUAGCACCAAUGUGAAGCAAAAUUUUGAUAGUCUUGGGGAAACCUCUGAUUGCAAGAAUAUAGACAUUCCAGCAGCAGAUAAUUCAAAAUUGGACAAGGCCACAUCUUCAUCUGAAUUCAUGAAAGGAUCACAUAAGUGGAUAAGCUUAGCAACUCCAUGGGUCAUCCUUAUUUGCUGUCGGCUACUUCGAUCCUUGAAUCAGACAGGUGUCCAGUGGGCUCAUCGGCCAGACUUUGGACAUUGGUUGACAAGCUCUGAACAUAAACCUGAACUCUCCUUCUUGACUGCAGUCUCCCUGCUUAUGAUCUUCUUUCUGGUUCAAAGGAGAUGCUCCCUGGUUUCAAAAAUUGCUAUGGCACUCGGGCUCCUGGGAGUCUACAGUUACCGGGCAGCUGUUGGAAAUGUCAUAUUUCCAUGGCAACAUGGUGGCAAAGAUAUUUCAAAGGGGAUCACUGAAGCUCGUUUUGUUUAUGUCUUUGUUCUUGGCAUAGUCUUCACUGGCACUAAAGAUUUACUAAAGUCACAGGUUAUUUCUGCAGACUCCAGCAUGAAGAGCACAGGAUUGUGGGAAGUAUAUAGCGGAUUGGUUCUACUAGCAGCCCUUCUAUUUAGACCUCACAAUUUACCAGUCUUGGUGUUUUGCCUGCUGAUUCAGACAAUGAUGACAAAAUACAUUUGGAGACCUUUGAAAUUUGAUGCGGCACAGAUUACUAUCAUGCACUACUGGUUUGGCCAAGCUUUCUUCUAUUUUCAGGAAUUCAGCAGCAGUGGGCCACGGCUGUUUCUGCUACGCUCUAAUGCGCUCAAUUCCAGUUGCCAUCUACGUUGUUUUGGUGACGGGUCUGCGGUACCACCUGUUCAUAUGGAGUGUCUUCUCUCCAAAACUGCUGUAUGAGGGAGUGCAUGUGUUCAUCACAGCUGCUAUCUGCCUGUUCUUCACAGCAAUGGAUCAGAACCACUCUCACAGAGUGCAAGAUUGAAAAAUAAGUGUGCGGUGUGCCGUUCUGCGUUGCAAAGUCCGGUGUCACUGGAAUGGAAGAAGGAAAAUAAAGGCUUUAUUUGAAGAGAAUUUGAAGAGUAACCUUGUUUAUUCGGGUCAGGGUUUGAAGGGUCUGUCCAGUGUUAAAAUUGAAUUUGCUUUAAAAAUGUUGAACUGUUUUUUUGAUAACUUCUCUUCUGUAGCUGCCAUUAUAGCGCUCCCUAAAUAACAGAAUGGUGAUAUUACAUGUUUUGAACCUUAAAAUGUAUAUCUUAACAUAAAUACAAACCAGUGCCUCGUGGGCACUGAGAAAAUCUUCUGCACGUACAGUUUUUUUACCUUCUUAGACUACAGGAUCCUAAAAAUAUUCAGGACUUCUUGGUGCUGUUCACAAAAUCUUCUGUCCGUUAGCCUCAGGGGGUUUUUGUGUUUGUUUUGUUUCUAGUGGAGGCAUUGAAAUUAUUACUAAAUUAUUGUUCUACAAAUAUCCCAGGUAAGUGAUUUUGCUUGUUUUGCACAGGCAGCAAGCAUUUCUGUUUAAAGGCAGCAUUUUGUUUGUAAGGUGAGUGCAAUCAUUAUCUGUAAUGGAUUUCGAUCUGCACUUCAGGCACUGAAUAAGAAAUGCUUGUGGUCUAACAAAGUAAUGAAUCUUCUGUGGAGUCCAUCCACUGCUAAAAUGUUGUGUUUCUUCUUAUCAGUGUAUAAAUGUUAAAUCAGGUUUGUGGCGGCCAUGCUGAACAUUUGGUCGUGUUUUCCACACGAUGGUAGAGAGUUGUGAGCAGUGAAUAGGAAAACAGCUUAAUGGACUAAGUUACCAGCAGAAUAAAAGGUGUGUUUGCAGUUUGCAUCACCUUCCCCCAGUGACCUGUCUCGCCAUCUCACUUGAAUGUGCUGUAAUUAAUUCCUGACAAUGUUGUUUUCCUUGCUUCUGUCAAGAAGAUAUAUGUUGAUGACUACACUGACUAUCAAUAUUCUUUAUGUGUGUUUCUUUGCCUCAUAUUUUUGUCCAUGUUAGUAGCUGAUAGGAUUUAAUCUAAAUAUAUUAGAGGUGUAGCAGAAAAGAAGCAUAGAGAGAACUUUAACUUUUGUUAUAAAUCUGGAAAAAGAAAGCUUUCAAGACCUAUAGACCUGAUAGCCCAUUUGUUAGGCUCAUUAAUACACUUUGCAUCUCAUACUUCAGAUAAAGCAACCUUUAGUUUUUAUGUGUUAAUAACAGGCCAUCUUGAUCACUAAUAAUGAAGUUUUUUUCACCUAUAGAGCAACCACAAUGUUUGAUAUGCUGGCAACGUAUUGCCAUUCACUGUGAGCUGCUGGGAGAUGUAAAAUUAAAUACUUCGAAUAAAUCACUUUUCACUGCAAAAUAUGGUGUUAAUGUAGUACAAAUUUAUCAUUUUUAUCGUUCCCAAUAUUCUUCUGGUUACCUGUUGGUGAGCAAGCAUGUGGGCAUUACCAACAUAUUCUCUGUUUGCUCACUUGGUUAAUUCCUAAGCAAUUAUCCCUAACAUUCAAACAGAUUAUGUUUAAAAAA